AUGCAGAGCGCAUCCUUCCUCGACUCGAGCCUGGAGGCGAUUGAUGCAGUUCCAGAUGAUGCUCGAACACUGGGCAUGGCAGGAACCGAUGUUGAAGUUGCAGCCAAGAAUCAUUUGCCUAAAUCUAAAGUGAAAGGCUACCGAAGGACGGCGGUGGCCACGGGGCUAGGGGCGGCCCUAGCGCUAUUACUUUGCUUGUUUUUGGUGAGAGCAGGCGUGCAGCGGCGCGCAGGACCGAAGGCGGAUCUGCCUACAAAGAAAGAUUCAAGAAUACCUUCGGAUGCAACAGGGGAAGCGGGUGUUUCCAUGCGAGAGGAUAGAGCGACAGACAAGUCACCUUCAGCAACCCAGAAGACAGAGGCAGAAAGGCGGCUAGAAGAGUUGCAAAGGCUUCUUCCAUCAGCAUCGCGGCUCGCCUCGGCCGUUGACUCGAGCGACGCCCAGAGAUUACUGGCCGCUGUUAAAGAAUAUGUCGACCCGGAAGACCAGUUCGAUGACACACUACUGGAUAGGCGAAAGCCGAGCGACCGGCUUGAUCGGGCAUUGGAGACCCUACGCAGACUGCACCAAACUGCCGCUACGCACGCAGAAGGGCUGGCAAAGAAUGGAGCAGAAAGCCGAACAUUCUCUAUGGUGGAUUCAAAAGAAGAGGCUUUAGCGCUACUAUCCACCAUUGAGGAUAGGGAAGCGGAGGAUGCGCUUCUAUUCGUCGAUUAUUUGCGUCUACUUGACCGAAGCAUAUCAAAUAUGUGUCGACAGUUCGGUGAAGCCCGGGGCGAACUUUCCUCAGUACCUAGAUUUGUAGAUGAAAUGAGUGGGGAGUCGCUGAUCUCUCUUGCGAAUAAAGUUGAGUGGCUGAAGGAUCUGGCAAACAAAAAGGCACGCACUGUGGAUACGGCAUUCCAAAUGGAAACAAGUAUGUUGUUCGCCAUAAAAGCACAUAUUUAUGGACUGCGCGAAGCUCGUUUGCUGCAUCUUGAGAGCCAGUUGGGUAUUGCGAGGGCGCUUAUGGCUGCAGCGGAAGGAGACAACGGAGCCAACCGCGACAAAGAAACACAGGUUGCUGACCCGAAGCAGAGCAGUCGACUGCCUUCGCUUUCUGAAAAGCUUGCAUCGGCGGAGGCUGUGCUGGUUAAGUUGCGGAAUAUUCUGCAAUCCCCUGAUCCACAUAUAACUUUGAGUGACAUACUGUCAGCAAGCAGGAAUGCUGAUGACUUAGAAGCCCAGGCAGACGAUCUAUUGGUGAAAUGUUGGACUUUAGCUCUUGACCAUCGCCAUCCAGAGGAAUGUUUAGAUCCCAGAAUAUCCAACAUGCUGAAGGAUGUGGCCCUUAAAGCCAAUUGGCGCGCCGUCCAAGAAAUGGCGAGCUUGCGAGUAGCGCUGCGCAACUUACAAACAACAAAAACAGGGCUUCAGGGUUCCCCUGAGGCUUCAGACACCCCACCCGCUCAUCUUAAUACAAUCUUGUCUGCCAGUCUCUUGAAAAGUGGAGAGGAAACCUAUGCAAAGGCUGAAAAGUACUAUUCUGAGAUCAAAUCAUUGCUGGAGGCGCUGCAUGGGUUGCGCGAGACAAAGCACUUGGUAAGUCAAGUGCAAAAGGCUACAGCCACUGUCAUCCCUAUGGUGACGCUGACCAGCAAGCUUUAUAUGCUUAUGCUGGAUAAUUGCUUGUUGAAGCUGCUGAACAUGGAUAUCCAAUCCAACAUAGAGAUCGCUGAACGCGCCUCUUCAAGUCGCUCAACACUUUCACGUUCUGAACGAGGUGUGUUAGAGGAUCUUGAGGCUAGCUUCGACGCGGCCAAGGAGUCAGCUAGGAAGGCAACCACAAUAAAAGGAGCUAUAGAAGCAGCGGCAAGGAUGCGGGAAAAAGCAGAGGCAAUGGAAAGCUUACUAAACAAGCGGAGGGGGCCGCCGCACCAUCAUUAA